GCUCUGCCUUCCCGCUGCCCCCGCCGCGCCCGCGGAGCGCACGGAGGGACCCGCACCGGCUCCCCAGGUAGGGGACAGGGACGGGGACAGGGUCACCCCCCGUGAGGCUGCAGGGCCACCUCCGGGCAGGCGACACCUCUCCUACCCGGCAGAGAACCUCGCCCGCAAGGUACGAUCGCCCCAGGUAGGGAACACGGGCCACCCUCAGGUAGGGACCACCCCAGGUGUGGGAUUGGGACAUCCCCCCAGGAGGGGACAGGGGACACCCCAAUAUGGGACACGGGACCCCUCACGUGAUGGGAUAAGGACCGCAGUCAUCCCGGGAUGAGACAAGGGGACCAAGAGCCACCCCCCAGGAGGGGACCGGGGACUCUCCCUGGGAGGGAAUGGGGGUUCCCAGGCAGGGGGAUACGGUGGGGCCACUGCUUCACAGGGGACGGGGCACUGCCAGCUAGGGGACAGGGAGGUGUGGGGCUGCACGGUGAGAUACAGGGGAUGCCGGGGGCUGCAAGGCCUCACCCCAGGUGAGGGACAAGAGGACAGUGGGACCACUCGGGGUGGGGGAAGAUGGAACACCAAGCCUUGUGUACCCCCAUCUCAUCCCUUUUUCCUUGGGAGUCCUCGGAGCACCCCUCUGAGAGGUCCCUGGGGCAGGGGACAGAGUUGAGGCGCAGCUCUAGAGGGCUGUGUACCAUCCCAGUUUUGGGAGUUGUGGGGAUACCCCAAAAGCGGCCCUAUCCUCCCAAUCCCACCUGAGCUUCCAUCCCAGGAGAUUUCAGGGAAACCAGGGGGGUUCCUUUCCAGUGUGGCUUCGGCCACCCCAAACCAGGAUGGAGCUGCAUGGGGAGGGGAUACCCCCAUUAAAGCACCCCUCGAGCCUCGGCCACCCGAUGGCCCCGGGCCAGGGGGAUCUCGGGGGUGCCGCCACAGGGCCGCCGGGAUCCCGGCAGCCCCGGCACAAAGAGGAAUGCGAUGAGCACAUGGUUCCCAUUAACCCCGGGGAUUUUUUUUUUCUUUUUUAGGUUGCUUUUUUCUUUUUUCUUUUUUUAAUGAUCUUUUCUUUUUCCCCCAGUUUUCGCAGCUCUGCUAGGGAGGAGGAAAAGCGGGGGCUCCGGCGGGUGAGGAGCUGGGCGAAGGCCGGUAGCCGGCGGGGAGGGAGGGAAAGAGGGAGCGAAGUGCUCCGGGUUCUUUUUCCUCUUUAAUCCCUUCCCUGCUUGAGUCAGAGGCUGAAGUCAUCGGCAGGAAUAUCUCGAAGCUUUUCGCCCACCUCGGGGAGUCUGUCUGCCCCUCAAAAAAUGUGCUGACCCCCAUGAGUGGAAUUUUGGGGGAGCAGAGCCGCAUGAGACCGGGAACUCAUCACACAGAAUCAACCCCUGAUCUGGCCCUUCCACGGCUUCAGCGAUGUUGCCAGGGAAAGCAGAGAAAAGAAUUGCUUCAUCCAUCUUCAUCACCCUCGUGCCACCACGGAGGGAUGUGGCCACCAAGGAGAAAACCCAACGGGAGCCGCAGCCAGGUGGUGCCGAGGUCCCUGGCACCCAUCAGCCCCAGAUCCUGCUGUCACCCCCCACGUUGCCCAACGGAGAAACCCACCUGGUGGCCCCUGUACCUGCAUCCCCACCAGUCCUGCCCCUCUCUGAAGUGCCCCAGCCCUUGUCCGUGGAGCCGCUGGGUCUGGCACUGCAGCAACUGGACCUUGCAGCACCUUCCACCCUCCAGGAGCAAGCAGGCAAGCGGCAGUGGCAGGAUGUGAAUGGUGACCCGGGGAGGGACAGCUCCAGAGACAUCUGUGCCUUCUGCCACAAAGCGCUGGGGCCCCGGGAGCCGACGGUGGAGGCAAUGCGGAAGCAGUACCACCCUGACUGCUUCACCUGCCGCACAUGCCACCGACUCCUGGCUGGGCAGCGCUACUUCCAGAGAGAUGGGUGCCCCACGUGUGACACCUGCUUCCAGGCCACGCUGGAGAAAUGUGCCAAGUGCCAGGGGCUGAUCACAGAGCACAUUGUCCAUGCUCUGGGCAAGGGCUACCACCCCAGCUGCUUCUCCUGCGCUGCCUGUGGCCGGGCCAUCGGCACGGAGAGCUUCGCCGUGGACGAGCAGGGUGACGUGUACUGCGUGCCCGACUACUACAGGAAAUAUGCUGCGGUGUGCAGCGCCUGCGAGCGCCCCAUUGUCCCCUGUGAGGACGAGGACACCUACAAGAUCGAGUGCCUGGGACGCAGCUUCCACGAGAGCUGCUACCGCUGCGAGAGCUGCAGGAUGCCCCUGUCGCCGGAGCUGACAGAGAACGGGUGCUACCCCCUGGACAACCACCUCCUCUGCAAGUCCUGCCACAUCCACUGGCGCAACGAGUCAUCCUGCUGAGACCCUGCAACUCAUCACCCCCUUCCAGUGCCAGGCAACAAAAAGGGGGUGCCCACAGUGGGAUGAGCCCCAUGGCUGACCCUGGGUGCCUGCUGCACCCCCAAAUUACUGCAGAACUGGGUUUUCAUCACCAAAAUGUCCCCAGGACCCUGACCCAGUGGGCUGGCGGGAUGAAAAAUCGUGGAUAUGUCCCAGCACAGCUCUGCACUCAUAACGAAUAUAAAAUGCCCUGACAGAGCAGUAAUGAGGAGUGGAGGUUUUAUUCCUUAUUUCUUUUUUUUAACUCCUUUUUCCAAAGGCCAGUUUGGUUUUCUUGGGUGGUGUUUCUUUCUUCUCGAGCUUCCUUGGGGUUUCACUGAAAUGUUUCUCUCUGUGGAGAGCGGGCACUGAUUUAGUUAAUCACAGUUAAAUAAAACCCCGAGUUUAAAAACUCUCAUUCCUUUCAUCCACCCUGCAUU